UAAGAUACACCUUCACAUAUUUCAAGAAAAAAGAGAUCAUACACCAUCGCAAUCCCCGUACAAAGUAUAAAAUAAAGCCAUUGUGGGCUUGAAUCAAGAGCACUGCAUAAAAGCAUAAUGCUUACCGCAUUGAAUCGCCCCUAACGAAGUUAUUCUCAUAUAAGAAACGGCUCUUUCCGACAUCUGCAACGUUGGGGACACUAGAAACAACUAUUACAAGUGGCUGUUGAAGUCUUUGUUAGUUGCCGAGGCAUAUCUCGGUCGACUCAACUCCACUCAGUCCGAUCCAUGGCGUCUCUUCACCCCACGAUCUCUCCUCAAAGCCUCCUUUCUUUAACAAAACCUCGAAAACCCAUUUCGAGGCACCUCUCAGCUUCCUCAUUAACCACCUCAAAACUGCCCGAGGGCCUUGCUUUCUCGGGAACCAAACAGAAAAACAAAAGGGAAAACUCGGUGGUGGUGGUGAAGUCAUUAGCCGAGGAGCUUGACGUGAUACCAGUUCAAAGUGAGGAUGUUAUAGAUAUACAAGAAGGAGUUGCGGUGAGUCAGGCGCCGAGAGAAUCGUCAGGAGGAGAGUUAGUGACUCAAGUAGGUGGGUUUAGCAAUGAAGGAAUGUUAUCUUUUGAAGGGGUUUCUUCUUCAGGUUCAACUUCAGGGAACGGAUUUGGUGAUGGACAAGGAAGUCAAGAGGAACUGGAUAGGCUUAUGGAUAGAAUUAUUAAUGCUACUAUUGUUCUUGCUGCUGGUACUUAUGCCAUCACCAAGUUGCUUACCAUUGAUCAGAAUUAUUGGCAGGGAUGGACUAUUUAUGAGAUAGUAAGAUAUGCACCUCAACACAAUUGGAGUGCUUAUGAAGAAGCUUUGAGGACAAACCCUGUUUUAGCGAAAAUGGUUAUCAGUGGAAUUGUCUAUUCUAUAGGGGAUUGGAUUGCGCAAUGCUUUGAAGGUAAACCUCUAUUUGAGUUUGAUCGUAUGCGGAUGUUCAGAUCUGGCCUUGUUGGCUUUACUCUACACGGUUCCUUGUCUCAUUACUAUUACCAAUUCUGUGAGGAGCUUUUUCCUUUCCAAGACUGGUGGGUGGUUCCUGCAAAAGUAGCUUUCGACCAAACUGCGUGGGCUGCAGUUUGGAACAGCAUUUACUUCGUGAUUUUGGGAUUUCUGCGUCUUGAAUCUCCGAUCAGUAUUUUUAACGAAUGGAAGGCAACAUUCUUGCCUAUGUUGACAGCCGGAUGGAAACUUUGGCCAUUUGCUCAUCUUAUCACUUAUGGUUUUAUUCCGGUAGAACAAAGGCUUCUUUGGGUGGACUGCGUAGAACUUAUUUGGGUGACGAUUCUCUCAACUUAUUCGAAUGAAAAAUCGGAAGCAAGAAUCUCCGAGGCAGCACCAGCAGAAGCAAGUUCAAUUUUGCCACCUGUUGGUCCACCCGAGGAGUAAAUAAUGAGAUUUAGGAUAUCUGGGAUUUGAGACAUGACAGUGGAAUUAAUCCUCACUCGCUUCGAUCAAACGAGGCUUGACAGGCCGGUCACCGGAAAAUAACGCAAAAACAAGGGGAAAUUACAUGCGUAUGCUACGUAAAUGCUGUCUUUUGUUUGUAUGUACAAAAAUUAUACUUUUGGAGACGUUGUGAUCACUAAUUGUGGAAAAUAUCAUGGUAUAGUGCUGGAAAUUUUCUAUAGAAUAUGGAAGUUUUCAUGUAUGUAAAACCUUUUUUCCAUUAUAAUUGUGUUCUUUUUUUUGUUUUGUUUCUAUUGAUAAAA